AUGAUCAAUUAUUAACAAAUCACUUAAGUUGACCUAAAAGCUAUAGAAAUGAUUUUUGCAUUGCUUCUACUCAGUUGUCUAACAUACAUUUGGUUUACUUUCAUAUCACUUAAGUUUACAAUCAUUCUUAUUUUAACUAUUAUUUCUAUUGUUGUCAUCUUAAAAAUUAGAUGGAUAAGAAUUAAAUAAUAAGGAUUCUUAAAUAAAAUAUCUGUAAAACUUAGAAAAAUAUUAUUGGAAAGAUCCUUAUUUGAUAUACUUUGUGAUAUUUGGUAUUUCGAAACUAUUAAGAGACAUGUUAGAGUAUUUCUAGGUCCAUUUUUAAUUAAAAAAACACCUGAAGAAAUUAUUGAAUCAUUUGAAGACAUCAAUCCAAAUUUAAAAGAAGCUAUUCUUAGAAAAGGAACUAUUAAUUUAUUUCCAGAACCUAUUAAAAAAGAAUUAAUAGAAAAUUACAUUAAAGAAGAUGAAAUAUAAGUUAAUUAAGAUAAAUAAUUACAUCAAUAAAUUAUACAACAACCACUUAAAGUUGAACAUUGGGAUAGAUAUGCAGAUUAUGAAUAAUAUACACAUAAAAAAAGAAGAAAUAAUCCAUAAACAUUAUUACAUGUUAUCUCUUUACUUUUGCAUAAACCAAUUGUUCAUAAAGAGAAUCAUAAACUUAAUUUACGAAAGUUUUAUUGAUCAAAUAUUUUUUUAGAUUAUCAAACAACACGAAAUCACUUUUGAUUGGAUCCAUCUUAUGUAUUAUGAUUUAGGUGUAUUUUUCAAAAUCAUCUAGAUAGAUAUAUAAAAAAGCAUUCACUAUUUUAUCUUCCAUGUCUUUAUUAGCAUUGGCUUCCACUGCUUUAGGAAUCAUGGCUUUAAGUAAUAAAAAAUAAAAAACAUUAUGA